GGAGGAGGCUGUUGCUAGAAGGACAGAAGAUGCCUGGAUAUUCAGCGAGGGCAAUGGCGGAGUACUGCAGCCUGCUGAAGGAGCUGGCGGAGAACAUCACCAACGAGGACCUGGACCAGCUGAAGUCGGCCUGCAAGGAGGACAUCCCUAGUGAGAAGCACGAGGCGAUCACCACGAGCAAAGACUGGUUCAGUUUCCUGGAGGAGCACAACAAGCUGGACAAAGACAUCAUCCGGCAGCCCUCGGAAGAAGAGAUCAUCAAACUGGCCCCCCCACCCAAGAAAGCCUGAGGGGGUGGGGGAGGAGGAAGAAGGGGUCGGCUGCCAGGCCCACCACUUUAACCCCCCCACCCCUGCUCCACCACUGUCAUCCCCUCCCCCACCCCGCCAGCCCCGCUUGCCCCCCCUCCCCCGCCACGCCUCACCUCCUGCCACCCGAUGGUGUGGGGAGAGCUUGGGUCACUAACACAGUCCUACUGCCCCCCUCCCCUGCAUGUGUUUGGCCUUGGGGAUGGGAGGGCUGAUACGGAUGAGCCCCGGGGGAUGGAGCGGGGACAUUCCUAUGCAAGCGGAGAUCCAUGCCUCCCCCUCUCCCAGGCUGGGUCUGCACUCAUGCGUGCCCCCUUGUUAGGGGAGAUGGGGCUGGAUCUAAAGGGAACAUCCCCCAGAGGAGAGCCCGGAGGGGGGAGGGAGCUGAGGAAGGA